AGCGCAUCCCUUAUUGGCCAGAGGUGAUGAACUGGCAGUUAGGUUGCGCGCUAAGUAGGCGGUCGUUUCUUUCUUUCUCCAGAAUCUUCUUCCCUGAAGCCGGCUCUGUAAUACCCUCCUGCCGCCAAGAUGAUGGGCCGCCCGGUGCUCGUGCUGAGCCAGAACAUGAAACGGGAGUCUGGGAGGAAAGUCCAGAGCGGGAAUAUCAACGCUGCAAAGACCAUCGCAGACAUCAUUCGAACAUGCCUUGGGCCAAGGGCAAUGAUGAAGAUGCUGCUGGAUCCCAUGGGUGGCAUUGUAAUGACCAACGAUGGCAAUGCAAUUCUUAGAGAGAUCCAGGUGCAGCACCCGGCUGCCAAGUCCAUGAUAGAAAUCAGUCGUACCCAGGACGAGGAGGUCGGUGAUGGAACCACUUCUGUUAUCAUUCUGGCCGGAGAGAUGUUGUCUGUCGCUGAACAGUUUCUGGAGCAACAAAUGCACCCGACUGUGAUUAUCAGCGCCUAUAGGAAAGCCCUGGAUGAUAUGGUCAAUACUCUGAAGGAGAUCAGCACCCCAGUCGAUACAAACGACCGUGAGCUGAUGUUAAAGAUCAUUAACAGCGCCAUCAAUACCAAAGCGAUCAAGCUCUGGGCAGAUAUGGCCUGUGGCAUCGCCCUGGAUGCUGUGAAAACCGUCGAAUUGGAGGAGAACGGCCGAAAGGAGAUUGACAUCAAGAAAUACGCCAAAGUGGAGAAGAUUCCUGGAGGGAUCAUUGAAGACUCCUGUGUGCUACGAGGCGUCAUGGUCAACAAAGACGUCACUCACCCCAAAAUGCGGCGGUUGAUCAAGAACCCUCGUAUCAUUCUCCUGGAUUGUUCCUUGGAGUACAAGAAGGGAGAGAGCCAGACAGAGAUUGAGAUCACACGUGAGGAGGACUUUGCCCGCAUUCUCCAGAUGGAAGAGGAAUAUAUCCAGCAGGUGUGCGAGGACAUCAUCCGACUCAAGCCCGACGUUGUGAUCACAGAGAAGGGAAUCUCUGAUCUGGCUCAGCAUUACCUGGUAAAAGCCAACAUCACAGCCGUACGCAGAGUCCGCAAGACUGACAACAACAGAAUAGCCAGAGCCUGCGGAGCUCGCAUAGCCAGCCGCACAGAUGAACUGCGUGAAGAAGACGUUGGCACUGGCGCUGGUCUUUUUGAAAUUAAGAAGAUUGGAGAUGAGUAUUUCACCUUCAUCACUGACUGCAAGGAUCCCAAAGCCUGCACCAUUGUCUUGCGUGGAGCCAGCAAAGAGAUUCUGGCAGAGGUGGAGCGUAACCUGCAGGACGCCAUGCAAGUCUGUCGUAAUGUGGUGAUCGACCCUUACCUGGUGCCAGGGGGCGGAGCCUCUGAGAUGAGCGUGGCUCAUAUACUCACUGAGAAAUCCAAGACUAUGACUGGGGUGGAGCAGUGGCCGUACCGUGCAGUGGCGCAGGCCCUCGAGGUCAUUCCCAGGACUCUCAUCCAGAAUUGUGGUGCCAGCACCAUCCGUAUACUCACUUCUCUGAGGGUAAGUCUGAAACUGCACAGUACAGCUAUUCAAAAGCAGUAAACACUUUAAAGGAAC